CUAAUCUGUUAGUGAGCAGUGUGAGGAUCGGAGCGUAUUGUGUGAGCCAGUGUGCGGGGGACAGAUAAGGGAGCCAGCCAGCCCGCCAGCCCGACCCACCGACCCACCGACUGCCUGACUGCUUGUUUUAAUGUGCUGACUCUGGGGAGAUUUUAAAAGACAGCAUAUUGACUGCUUAGACGUGUGCGGAGACCCUGGGCACAAACGCCACCACUACAGCCACAACGAGCAGAAGUGCAUCAGCAGACAGGGGAGACAGAGACAAAAACUAGAGGACUGAAAUAUCACAACUCCAAAAUCAGAAAAUUAAAGAGGAUUUUUUUUAUCCCCCUCUUUUUAAAUUGAUUUGAUUUUUUUCUUUCUUUCUUUUUUUGUGUUCCUGGGACUGACUCCCAACUGUAGAAAAAAAAGAGGAGGUGGGAGCAAAAACAACAACAACAACAAGAACAAAAAACUGAAGAAAAUCUGAAAAUAAAAGGACAGAACGAAAAAAAAAGCACCGAAUCUGAACAUGUUCGAAAUAAGCCGAACACUCAACGCUGCUUUGUUGAGCAAUGAGGGGUCGACAGAGACACAGUGGCGUCAGGCAGAGCUCCCACAGCUCCAGGGCUGGGCAGAGAAGGGAUUGCUGACACAGCCAAAGAUGAUCAUCAGUAACAUGGAGGCUCCAGUGACAAAUGGACCCAGUGGAGGAGGAACCACAGCCAAUGGGCCAACCAACAACAGCCGUGGCUGCCCCUCACCAAUGCAGACCGGCCCAACAAACGACGACAGCAAGACAAACCUCAUUGUCAACUACCUGCCCCAGAACAUGACCCAGGAAGAGUUCCGCAGCCUCUUCGGUAGCAUCGGCGAGAUCGAGUCCUGCAAGCUGGUUCGCGAUAAGAUCACAGGACAGAGUCUGGGCUACGGUUUUGUCAACUACAUUGAUCCAAAGGAUGCAGAGAAAGCCAUCAACACGUUAAAUGGACUCAGACUUCAGACCAAAACAAUCAAGGUGUCAUAUGCGCGACCCAGCUCAGCCUCCAUCCGUGACGCUAACCUCUAUGUGAGCGGCCUGCCCAAGACCAUGACCCAGAAGGAGCUGGAGCAGCUCUUCUCCCAGUACGGACGCAUCAUCACCUCCCGUAUCCUUGUCGACCAGGUCACAGGUGGCUCCAGAGGUGUUGGCUUCAUCCGCUUUGAUAAGAGGAUAGAGGCUGAGGAGGCCAUCAAGGGCCUGAAUGGCCAGAAGCCAUCGGGCGCUGCCGAGCCUAUAACGGUCAAAUUCGCCAACAACCCCAGCCAGAAGACCAGCCAAGCUCUUCUGUCACAACUCUACCAGUCACCUAAUCGCCGAUACCCUGGCCCCCUUCACCACCAGGCUCAGAGGUUCAGGCUGGACAAUUUGCUUAAUAUGGCCUAUGGCGUAAAGAGGUUUUCACCUAUCACUAUUGACAGCAUGACCAGCCUGGUUGGCAUGAACAUCCCCGGGCACACGGGCACCGGUUGGUGCAUCUUUGUGUACAACCUGUCCCCAGAUUCAGACGAAAGCGUGCUCUGGCAGCUGUUUGGGCCGUUCGGCGCAGUCAACAACGUCAAGGUGAUCCGUGACUUCAACACCAACAAGUGCAAAGGCUUCGGCUUCGUCACCAUGACAAAUUACGACGAGGCGGCAAUGGCCAUCGCCAGUCUCAACGGCUACAGGUUGGGCGACCGCGUCUUGCAAGUCUCCUUCAAGACUAACAAGACACACAAGUCCUGAACUUUACCAGGUAGAAGCAGUUGCCCCGCGACUUUGUCUGCUCCAAAAUUGCCCCCAACCCCCCCUACCCCCACCUCCACCCAUCCCUUAGCCCCUUCAGUCACUACCACUACCACCCUACUACAGCCAUCCAACACAGCAAACUCCAACCGGAACAUAAAGCAACCAACAAACCAUCAAGCAAAUUGAACUAGAAAUGGCUUAUAUUAUAACUUUGGACCUAUAAGCCAACGUUGCCUAAGUAUUACAAAAAUGAAAUGAUGAAAACGUUCACAAGUUUUGGGAAGCUCCUGCGAUAAUACAGGCUUCUCUUUGUUGUAUAUUCUUUCCGUUUCUUGUGGUUGUUAUAAUGUUUUUUCUCUUCUGUGUAAAACAGUAGCAAAUCCCUGUAUCCCCUUAUUUCAGAGAAGAGAACGUCCUCUUUCGAUUGGAGCCUUUUCUCUGUCUUGAUUCAGGAUUUGUUUUUCUUUUGUAAAUCCGGAUCCACUGUCGGUAGUAUUAUAUACCUCCCCGUCUAGUAAACGGGAGGCGGCUCUUUUUUAAAUUGGUGAACCAUUCAUUCAUUUUUAGCGUGUAUUUCAAAGCGUCCCCUUACCGAUUACAAACGGGAUUCCACGGGAUCCCGGUAACUCUGAUGUAGAAAAAAAAUGAAUUUCUAACAUUGUUUUUGUUUUGUAUCGCAAACAAAACAUAAUGUCUUUCCUCACUUGGGGUUCAGGGAGAUGGGGCAAGGGAGGGGAUGGGUUAGCUUUGCUGAUGACACGUUCAGUAAUUUAAGAAAAAAAAAAUAACACUGUUGCCAAAGAGAAGAUCUCUUUGCUUGGAAAAAAAAAAAAACACGUUUAGAAAAAGAUAAAAAUAAAUAGAAAGAUCUAUUUUUAUAAAUGAUAAUUAAAAUAAUAAUUAUUGAAGAAUUUUUACAAGAAUCUGGAUUUGAAAAAAAG